UUUUAUUUUUCAAAAUUUUUGACAUUAUUUUACCACAAAUUAUAGCAAAGAAGGCAUAAAUUAUGUGUCAGGGAAAAGCAGUAUACAUUUAGUAAAAUUAUCCAGUGAAUUUGAAAUGAAGACAAAUCGGCAAAAACUACUUCCGCAGGUGAUGCAAGUGAUUGCCGAUUUAGGCGAAGCAAAUGGCUCCACGAUGAAAUCAAUUUCCACCCAACUCCAAGAGCACAACCUCGUCAAACCAAGCAACCUUCCGGUACAGGUAAAACGGGCACUCAAACAAGGUUUAGAAACGGGACUGAUCAAGCAACGAAGCGGGAAAUACAGGUUGGGCCUUGACGCCAAAGACUACGCCAUCUACAAGAGUUUCAUGAUGAUGGAGGAGACCGGCUCGAAGCAUCAUAGAAGGAAGAGGAAGAAGAUCAAAAGGAGGAGGAAACCCAAGGAUUUUAACAGCGACAGUGAAGCUAGUGUCGAGGAUACCCUGGAAGAUACCCCUACCGAUGAUGAACCAGAAUAUCCUGAAGACGAUUAUCCUGCCAAUGAAACAAGCAGCCGUAAGCAUAGAAAAUUCAAGGCGCGUAGGAAAUCGCGCAGAAGAAGACAACAAAGAAGGUAUAUACGCAAAAUGGAUAAAACCAGUUCCAGAACCGCAGAAGAAGAUCAUACUAACAAUGAUGCGGCCCUGUGCGACAACCCCGACUGUCUUUGUAAUAUGAAAUUGGAAAACAAUGGCACAACCUAAGACUCAAAGUGCUUCCAAAUAUUUCUGUAAAAUGUAUUUUUA